AUGGAGGUCGUCGGCGUUGCCAUUGGCGGAGUUGGCCUUGCUGCCCUGUUCGAUUCGACUGUCAACACUCUUCACUACAUCGAUUCUGGCCUGAAGUAUGGAAAAUCGUAUCAGAAGACUGCCCUCAAACUCAACCUACUCGACCUGCGCUUGACACGUUGGAGGCACAGCGUCGAUCUGGUCGACGAUGCGUCGAAACUUCAAGAUAAGGUCCACCUCGCUACACCACAAGAAGCCGACACCGUCCAGUAUCUGCUUGGAGAGAUCAAGGAAGGGCUUGAGACGGCUGAGAAGGCGGCUCAACGUCACAAACUUCGCGGCGCUCCAGCGACAACCACACCAGAAAUCGGAGACCGGUCGAUCGAAGCACUUGCCAGGAAAGUAUCAAGGCUGGCCAUCGCGAGACAGAGAGGGACCUCCACCAGCCAAAAGGCCGUUUGGGCCUUGCACGAUGAGCGGAAGUUCAAGAUUUUGGUGGACGAUAUCUCAGGUUUCGUCGACAGCCUAGAGAAGCUUUUUCCCGCCGCGAAGCCAAUGCAAGCUCAACUUGUGGUCCAGGAUGCUGCCGAGCUCGUUCAACCUGCGGAGGUGGAGGAACCAGAAGAAGCUGCAGCAGUGUUGCAGGAAGCAACAGAAUCUGUAGACCCAGCGCUCGGUGCUGCCAUCGUUCAAGCUGCGCAGAACCCGGCGGCAAGUCCUCAGUAUCGGAAUUUCUUCACAGGAGGCAAUGCCAGAAUUCAAGCUGGAGACGAGAUUGCUAGUGGGUUUGUCGGUCCAUUGAAUGGUGGCGAGCAUACUUAUGAUGCGAAAGGAGACUGUGGUCGUCAGAUCGUCCGUGUGGCCAUCGUGAUAGCAAUUUCAAGCUUCGAUCGUAUCCUUGCAAAGAUUCCCUCCUUGUCUGCCGCAAUCCUUGUAAUCACCUUCAAUUUCCGAAGAAGUUCAAUCCUGAGAAUACGAGGAGCUCUCCUCCCAAGCAAUGCGCGGCCAGGAGAUCCCAUCAGUGACUGUACGAAAUGGCAUUGGAUGAGGAUGCAAUCGACAGCAUACGAUGAAGCUGCCAUCCACGUUCCCUCCACCAAGCGAUACAGAAUCUCAAGAUGGAUCAGCGCGAUACCCAAAGACGCGUUCGACGCCUUCACAGAUCGACCCAUCGAACGUGAAGAGCCUGUCGACGAGGCGGAUGACACGGAACACUUUGAGCGAUGGUCGCUGGCCAAGCAUAUCGACCAACAGCUAGCGGAGAUGCAAGUCGAGCGAAAGCAUACCAGUCAUCAACAUGAGGAUAGCGCCGUCGCAUUAGUGGAGGGCAAGCAGCAGACGAAGACGCGCAACAAGCGAGCAAGCUGUGAUGUACUUGGUCCCUCCCGAGCAGGCACUCCCGCACCAGCGCCAGCAGUGCAAGGCACUGGCAAGCAAGAAGAGACGGCCUUUGCAGAAUGGCUAGAAGGCAUGGAAAUGGAGCGAUGGAAAGCGCUGAUGGACCUCGAAAAAGCCGCACACCUCAACGGCGUCCUCGAAGCCGGUCGUGUGGCACAAGCUCGAAGAGGCAUCGAAACGCACCGGCGAGCUGACAGGAUCAAGGAUGGGCGCAUCGUCAAGCCCAGGAAGUCCUUGGGUCCGCAGAUUGAACUACUGGCAAAGGAGAAGGUGUUGAGCAGGCGCAUGGAGAUCAAGGCGCGGGAGGAUGAGAUUGUUGGGUACGCGACUAUGCUCAAGGGCAAGGUGACUCGCAACAGGAAGCAAGGACGCUCACAUCGGAGGUCAUUGAAGGGUAUGGUUAUGCGGAGGCGAGAGACCAGGAGGACUGGGAAUGGAUGA